AUGGUGAGAUCAUUCAACUCUUCGUUUGCUUGUCUAUUGGCUCUUCUUCUGGCCGUAACUUGUCUAUUCUUAACAAGCUCAACCCAAGGUCUCUCGAUUGCAAAGCCACCUGGUCGUCCUUGUCCAGUAUUCCGAUGUAUGAGAGCCUGUGAAUAUGGUUACAAAGUCAAUGAAUAUGGAUGUCCAACCUGUACCUGUUUGAAGCAAAGAAAAUGUCCAACUUUCUACUGUUUCGUGCCGUGCAAGCAUGGUUAUGCCAAAGACAAGUAUGGUUGUCAGAAAGGAUGUACCUGUAAUCCUCCUCCAGUGCAAAAACCUUGUCCAGUGUACAAGUGUUUGAUCGCUUGUAAAUAUGGCUACAAACGAGAUCGAAAUACUGGAUGUCAAACAUGUUCCUGUAAUCCAGAGCCAAUCUUUUAA